AUGACAGCCAUAGCGGUGCAGGCACAGAGGUUGCUUGCUCACAGAAGACCCAAGAAAUCAUUCUUUGAGACGUUCAUCAGAAGCCUCAUUAUUUUAUGCGUGGCAAUAGCAGUUGUCCUGUCAUCAAUUUCAGUUUGCGAUGGCCACUGGCUUUUUGCAAAAGGACAGUUGUUUGGAUUGUGGCACUUCUGCACCAUAGGCAACAGCACCAUAUUGAAAUGUGUCACUGAUCUGAAUCAGGCCAGUGUGGAAGGGAUUAAUUUUGGAAUGAUUCUUGCAAGAAGUGUGGUGUCUCUUGCUGUGGUUGUUGCAAUAUUUGGCCUGGAACUUCUGAUGGUCUCCCAAGUCUGUGAAGACACUAAUUCAAGACGAAAAUGGUCAAUGGGAUCAGUCCUUAUUCUUCUCUCAUUUCUCUUGUCCUCCAGUGGAGUCCUGAGUUUUUUAAUCCUCCUGAAGGACUACAUUACCUUCAUGGGCUUCACACUGACCUUUUGGUGUGAGUUCAUUGCUGCCUGCCUUUUCUUCCUUAAUGGAAUGAGCGGACUUCACAUUAACAACAUAACAUACCCGUGGAACAGAGCAAGAAAAUUCUAG